GACACGUGUACAGAACAAGACAAUUGACGCGAGAGUGGUUCUCCUGUCCAACAACCGAAUUCGUCAUUGUUUUUCUAUUGCCAUGUUUUUUCCUAACUAGAGUAGUUGAGAUUAGGUUAGUUCCUCUUCUCCUCCAAUUAUAUAAGAAAACCAUUUUUACAUUCUAACGAACAAGCCUUCUAAUAAUAACUUCUUAAAAAAUGUUCUCCACUCUCUUUACCUCUUUGCGCCACCGGGUUUUAAUACGGUGGCCGCUGCUACUGUAUGCUGCCAAAUGGACUGCGCUUUUGACGGCAACGGUGGCCGUGGCUUCUUUCUCGCCUGAAAUGGCAUUUGUCUCCGCGAUAUCUAUGUCGUCUUCGUUUUCGCGAGAGUGCGAAGUAGAAGGAACGGUUAGAGUUCCGGUGGAUAUGCCGGGAGAGAUUGUGUGCUUGCCUGCUCACCUGUUCGUAAGAUCUAAGAUCGAUUUGAUUGUCCCUCCAGUAUUUGCGGCAGUUGUUGUGGCUGGCUCCGCUUGGGCCAUUCGGGCCACGGGCUUGUGGGAGGACCAUGAGACCCGCUGAGAUGUGAUGUCGUUUUAACAAUGUGAAUAUUCUAUCUUAUUGUUUUUCCAAUAAGAUAAAAUCCAAAUACUUGUGGAUAUAUGAUUGAUAUAUUUUAUUUGUUUAUUUUUUCAGUUUUUAGUGUUAUAUGAUUCUAAGCAAAGAAAUCAUUAGGUAUUUUUGUAAUCAUUUUAAUUACAAUUUA